AACCAACACCACGACCAGAAAGACGGGAACAUCUAGGUUCGGCAGCGGCGUGUCUUAACACCUGAACACCACCACCAUGGCUGACCCGGAAAAACAGCCCGAACAACCAAAGGCUGUCCAGCAGAAGCUGGUCAUCGCUACCAAAGUGACCGGGACUGUGAAGUGGUUCAACGUGAAGAGUGGAUACGGAUUCAUCAACAGGAAUGACACCAGGGAAGAUGUGUUCGUCCACCAAUCGGCUAUCGUGAAGAACAACCCAAGGAAGGCCGUUCGUAGCGUCGGUGACGGAGAAGUGGUCGAAUUCGACGUGGUAAUAGGCGAGAAAGGUGACGAAGCGGCCAAUGUUACCGGUCCUUCCGGGGAAGCGGUAAAAGGAUCGCCUUACGCUGCCGACAAGCGACGCGGAUAUCGUGGAGUUCAUUGGUUCACCAAUCAGAGACGUGGGAACACUCGAACUCAACGCAGACCUCGCGAGGGCCAGGAGGGUUACGAAGCCGGUGAGGGCAAGACCGGGGACGAAACUAACGUCGGAGAGGGCGGUGGUCAACAGCGGCGGUACAGAGUCCGGCGCCAAUACGACAGCUACUACCGUGGAUCUCGGCGGACCGGGCCAUCGGCGCAACAGGCCGAUAAUUCCGGUGAAGGCGGAGAACAAGGCGGCGAGGGUACGGGAGGCGAGGGUGUACCGCGCGGCGGCGGUGGCCGUGGUCGCGGUGGACCUGCCCGUCGUUACUAUCGCCGAAAUUUCCGCGGAGGAAGGGGCGGUGGACCACCUCGUCGGCCUCGUAGCCAGGAUGGACAACCAAAAUCGCAGCAGAAGUUGGAUGCACCUAAUGAUAAGGAUGCACCUGCCGCUGCCCCUGCUCCACAGGAGAGCCAACCGGUCCAGAACACUACCACCGAAAGCACCGCUUAACCAACAGCAACGGUACCACCACGAUAUAACCACUCCUUUUAACAAGCAACACCAACACCCGUUAUACACCGAAGCAACAACAACAGUGCAGCAGCAGCAGCAGCAACAACAACAACAACAAUAACAACAACAACAACAACAACU